GGCCUCCUUGUCGUCACGACUGUGUCUCUUCCUGGCCGCAGCACGCGACGGAGGGCCGACUUUCUCGCCGCCAGGCCCCCAUGCGGAGGCGCAGAGUGCGGUCUGCUAGAGGCCGGGGUUCCCCGCGCCGCUGGUCACUCAAUCGGGAGGGAGGACACACUCAUCAGCACCAGGGAGAAGGGAGGGAGGAGGAGGGAGGAGUCGAGCGUCCAGGCAUCACCAACUAUGGCGGUUGGGCCCCGGGCGCGCGGCGGCGUCUGGCCUCAGAGCGCGUGAGAGCUCGCCAUGUACACGAGCCGCCGCUGAUGGGCACGAGGACGGGCUCGGAGUCAGCGGCGAGGUAGGAUCCAGGCACGUGAUGGUGGCGGUGAUAUUAUAUGUCCGACGUCGAAGCGAAAGCGUCGGCGUAGAACUCCGCUGGGCUGGCAGUAGAAGCCAGCAAGAACUCGGAGAAGGAAUGAUGAUGGAUCUGUUGGACUUGGAACCUACCCACCAUGCAGGGUUGCACCCCUUCGCUCACAGGUGGCUUCACGCAAUGGCCGCAGCCGGGAACCGACAGUGAACCGGGCCGAGCGGGCGAGAGGGCGUGGCCGCAACCGUCAAAAAAGGGGGAAGAGAAGAGAAGAGAAGGGGGGCACACCAACUGCGGAGGAGGCGAGAAAGAGGGCAGGGGAGGCAGGUCGAGCGCAGCGGCCCAGGCCGCUGCGCAACCCGAGCGGGAGGCCCCGCCCGAAAAGCGGCACCAGAGCCCCCAGCUGCCACCGCAGGAGGCCCAGGGCUGCACCCCGACCGAGCAUGUGAGCAGAGAGAGAUGCGCGAGGGAGGGGCGGAGGCGGGAGGGCAGAGGCGGGAGGGCGGAGGCGCGGGAGGGGGGGAC